UAUUCAGUUUUAAUCGCCUGACUCGAGACAGUCUGGUCAGUUCAACAUGAGCAAGCCAGUAGUCACCGUUAAGCAGGGCGCUCUUCGUGGCGUCGAGAUCCAAAGCGCUUUUGGGAAAUCUUUCAUCGCUUUCAGAGGGGUUCCUUACGCAGCUCCACCGGUUGGCGACCUCAGAUUCAGGGACCCGCAACCGCUCGAACCAUGGGUGGGAAUACGAGAUGCUUUGAAAGAAGGGUCGCAAUGUGCCCACGAAGAUUUUGUAACGAAAGAAAUAGUGGGCGACGAUGACUGCCUCUAUCUCAACGUCGCUACUAAAUCUUUGACCGGGUCGAAGCCGGUUAUGGUUUGGGUUCACGGAGGAGCUUUCGUCAUGGGAGACGGAAGCUUUGAGUGGUACGGACCUGAUUAUUUAAUGGAAUAUGGAGACAUCGUGUACGUAGGUAUCAAUUACCGCCUCGGUAUUCUAGGAUUUCUCAAUCUCGACGACGAGGUCGCAACUGGAAAUAUGGGACUGAAAGAUCAAGUCGCAGCUCUGAAAUGGGUGAAAGAAAACAUCGCGCAGUUCGGUGGUGAUCCGAACAACGUAACAAUUUUCGGAGAAAGUGCUGGGGGUGCUUCGAUUCAUUAUCUGCUGUUGUCCCCGCUCGCGAAAGGUCUUUUCCACAAGGGUAUCGUCCAAAGUGGGGUAGUUGCGAAUCCUUGGGCAACUAUAGAGGAACAUAUUUUGCAUACUCAUCGUUUGGUGUCUAUGCUUGGAAAGGACACUACCGAUCCGAAGGAAAUCGUCAAGUUUCUGAGAACCAUACCACCCUUGAAGCUGGUUGAGGCUCAGCAAAAAAUGCUUACCGAGGAAGACAAAUAUUCCAUCAAGUUCCAUUACUUGCCUACGAUAGACAAUAAAAGUAGCAAACCCUUCGUGAACACCAGUUCGAUCGAGGAAUUCAUCAACCAGGGUAUCGAUGUGCCCGUUAUGAUCGGAUACACCAGUCACGAGGGAAUCCUCAUGUUGAUGGGAAUGACCGAAGAAGUAUUCGCGAAGAUGGACGGUGAUUUUGAAUCGUUAGUACCCAAAGAUUUGGCUAAGAAGGCCCCCUCCAAAGUUAAGGAAAUUGCACGGGCUAUUAGAACCUAUUAUUUUGGAGAUAAAAAAAUAAGCGCGGCACAUAUCGACGACUAUGCCCAGUUUGCCGGAGACGUAUUCUUCCUAAGAGGGAUUCACAAGGUGGUAGACCUUCAUAUGAAGAAAAAAUCACCCAUGUACCUCUACCAAAUGUCGUUUGAUAGCGAUAAAUCUUUCGCCAAGGCUUUGUUCAAACUGAACGUCAAGGGAGCGAUGCACGCUGAGGAACUCCAGUACCUAUUCUAUGCCCAUCGGUUCAAGGAACACAUCAAAAUAGAACCAGACUCUAUAGAGACGUUGGUGCUUCGUAGAUUUGUCAGGAUAUGGACCGACUUCGCCAGGACUGGAAAUCCAACUCCGAUCGUCGACGAUCUGAUUACCGUAAAGUGGGAACCGGUGAACGGUUCUGCCAAACACUACCUGGAUAUCGACUCGGAACUUAUUCCCGGCAAGAACCUGAACGAAGACAGGCUACAGGCUUGGAAACGCAUCGAAGCUCUUGCCAAGGAGCAGUAAAUGAUCAUUCGUCGGUUAUUUGAACAUUGAUUAUUCGGAACCCGAGGCCCACACCAACUUUGAACACGUUCGGCUGGAAAUGUUUGCCUUCCUCGAUUCAAUUUUGACAACUGUUGUUAUACGCGUCAUUCCGAUGUAAAUCUCUUAUUCAAUAAACUACGAUCUUAUCUACGUA